AGCAGUUUUUAGUUUGGAGUGAAUGAGAGCGAGGCAGAGUGAGGUCCAUCUCUCUCUCUCUGUGUCUCUAUCAGCAGCACAUAUGAACAGGGCAACUUUAGUGUGGAACUAAACUCACCAUCACUAAAGAUGACUCCACGCAUUCCUCCCUGGCUCUUUGGAUUAUUUCUCCUUGCCCUCCAGUUCUGCUGCCAUUGCUCCUCUGCCUAUCAGCUGCUGGAUGACCGUGGGUCUCAGGGAGCCUUGGACCUGACAGAGUUGAUCGGCAUUCCCCUCCCUCCCUCCGUCUCCUUCGUCACAGGCUUCGAGGGUUACCCCGCUUACAGCUUCGGCCCAGACGCCAAUGUGGGACGCCUCACAAAAUCCUUCAUCCCCGACCCGUUCUAUCAUGACUUCGCCAUCACAGUCACAGCUAAACCAACCACACGGCGAGGCGGUGUGCUGUUCGCCAUCACUGAUGCUUAUCAGAAAAUUGUCCAGUUAGGUGUGGCUUUGUCUGAAGUGGAGGAUGGCUCCCAGAGAGUCAUACUGUACUACACCGACACAGAAGCAAGAGGUCGGACUCAGGAAGCUGCUUCCUUCAAAAUGGGAGACCUGACAGGAAGAUGGGCGAGAUUUACACUCACUGUACAGGGUUCAGAGGUACGCCUCUACAUGGACUGUGAGGAAUACCACCGGGUUGCCUUCACCAGGAGUGCUCAGCCUCUGACCUUUGAGUCCAGCUCAGGAAUCUUUGUAGGGAAUGCUGGCGGUACAGGCCUGCCGAGGUUUGUGGGCUUCAUCCAGCAGCUGCUGUUGAAGUCAGAUCCCACGGCCCCAGAUGACCAGUGUGAGGAGGACGAUCCUCAUGCCUCUGGAUACGGGAGCGGGGGCGGUGCUUAUGAAGACAUGGAGGACCCAGAUGAAGUGAAGAAGACUGUGGAGAGGAGAGUGUUUACUGUGCCAGAGCUGGCCCCCACUUACAGUGUGCUCCCACCUCCACCCACUGAGAUGCCACCAAGUGAUGAUGAAGAUGAUGACUUUGAGGAAGCUUCUGGGCAGGAGGGGGAGGUGACCACAGAGCAAGCAAAAUCGUUUCAGACACUUGCUUCAGUCUCCAUACCUGACACUGUUUAUCCAGGGCAGAAAGGGGAGCCAGGCCCAGCUGGUCCCCCAGGACCCCCGGGCCCUCCGGGACCAGCCUCAGCAGAGGGACAAGAAGGGGAGCCUGGACCACGGGGUCCACAAGGACCACAGGGACCACCAGGUCCACAUGGACUUCCUGGGAAAGAUGGACAGCCUGGAAGCAAAGGGGAAACUGGUUCACCAGGAGCAACAGGAUUUCCAGGACUACCCGGAGAGACUGGUCCUAAGGGAGAAAAGGGUGAUCCUGGUGUUGGACUACCCGGCCCUCCAGGUCCACCAGGACCUCCAGGACAACCUAGAAAGUCCUCCAUGUUCCCGGAGGGGUCUGGAUUUGAAGACUUUGACAGUGAUACAGAGGUUAUUAGGGGUCCCCCAGGGCCUCCAGGCCUCCCAGGACUGCCGGGGCCCCCAGGAUCUUCUUCUGAAGAUAUCUUUCCCGGACCGCCUGGGGCUCCUGGGAAAGAUGGAAGGGAAGGAGCAAAGGGUGAAACCGGACUUCCUGGACUCAAUGGAAAAGAUGGCGGUCCUGGACCUGCUGGGGCGAAGGGAGACCAGGGGGAGCCUGGUGUGAGCGGGCAACCAGGACCAAAGGGAGAUCAGGGCCCACCAGGAUUCCCAGGCCUACCAGGGUCAGAUGGUCCAGAGGGGCAUCCUGGUUCCAGGGGUCCACCUGGUCCUCCUGGGCCACCAGGGCCCCCAGGAAGAAGCUUCACCCUAGACUUUGAGGACCUGGAAGGGUCAGGUCUGCAGACUGGUUUAGGAGCAGCACUACCCAGAGGGCCACAGGGGCCUCCAGGAAUCCCAGGACUUUCAGGACCCAAGGGUAAAGAUGGUUUAGAUGGUGCCCCAGGAAAGCCAGGACAAAAGGGAGAGGAGGGUGUUUCCGGAAAACCAGGAUUACCUGGUAGAGAUGGACUAGAUGGGGCAGAGGGACCAAAGGGGGACAAAGGCGACCCAGGACAAAAGGGAGAGGCAGGACGGGAUGGGCUUAGUCUGCCUGGCCCUCCAGGACCACCUGGACCACCAGGUCCCAUCAUCAACCUCCAGGAUCUCCUAUUGAAUGACACAGAUGGUGGCUUUAACUUCUCAGGGAUUUUUGAAGCUCAGGGACCUGCUGGACCACAGGGGCCAAAGGGUGACAUUGGGUUGCCAGGUUUGCAAGGACCUCGUGGACUUAAAGGUGAAAAGGGCGAGCCAGGAUAUCUUAUCUCAGCAGAUGGAUCCACGAUGUCAAGCCUGCCUGGGCCAGUGGGACCCAAAGGAGUCAAGGGUGAUAACGGUGUACCAGGGCCCCCUGGAAUUCAAGGGCCCAUAGGACCACCAGGAACCAAGGGAGAAUUUGGGUUCCCUGGAAGACCAGGUCGCCCAGGCAUGAUUGGACCUAAAGGAGAGAAAGGGGACCCUCAAGGACUGCCAGGACCUCCUGGCCCUCCCGGACCACCAGGGCGCCCAGGAAUAUUCAACUGCCCCAAAGGAACGGUGUUCCCCAUCCCCCCCAGACCAUACUGCAAAAUGCCCCUUAAUUCAGAUGGAACCAUUGCAGCUGGAAACUGUCAGAUGGGGAUAAAAGGAGAGAAAGGGGAGAGGGGCCUUCCAGGGAUACCAGCUCCACCAAGCUCAUUUAACCCUGGAGGAGGAGGCUGGGUGAUGAAUGGUGGCCAGGGCAUCAAAGGGGAAAAGGGAGAGGCGGGGUUUCCAGGGAUAUCAGGUGGACCAGGAAGACCAGGACCAGUGGGGCCCAAAGGAGAAUCGGUACUUGGUCCUCCUGGCCCCCCUGGGCCGCCAGGCCCCCCUGGUAUACCAGGAUAUGGCAAGCCUGGUCCUGUUGGUCCUCCUGGGCCACCGGGACCUCCAGGGCCUUCUGGGUCAUACUUGAGAUAUGGUUCAGGUCUGACUGUUGCUGGCCCCCCAGGACCUCCUGGACCUCCUGGCCCUCCUGGCUCUUCAAGUAACACAGCAUCUCUGAAAACGUUUUCGACUCGCGAGAGUAUGAUGCAGCAAACGGCAAGGGAUGCAGAGGGCACUCUGGCAUAUGUUACAACAACAGGAAGCCUCUUCCUCAAAGUUUCCCAGGGAUGGAAAGAGAUCCAGCUUGGCAGCCUGAUCUACCUCUCUAAUAACAUUAUUCCACAAGAUGAGCCUCCAGCUUCUUAUCAUAUAAGAGGAGACACCAUGGAAAGAAUACACUCUGUUACAGGCAGGCUCAACCUGGUGGCCUUGAAUCAGCCCCACUCAGGGGACAUAAAGGGGCUCGACAUGGCUGACCGGAUGUGCUUUGAGCAGGCCAAGGCGAUGGGUUUGGCUCCCAACUACCGUGCCUUCAUUUCAUCCCACAGACAAGACCUGGUCCAUGUUGUCUAUCCAGGUUUCCGGCAAACUCUGCCAAUUACCAACCUCAGAGGAGACGUGCUGUUUAGGAACUGGCGGGCAAUUUUCAGCGGCGAAGGGGGGGUGAUCAAUACCAGGAUACCCAUCUACUCCUUUGAUGGCCGGAAUGUCUUAGCGGACCCCUUCUGGCCUCAGAAGAGCAUCUGGCACGGCUCUAACAGCAGGGGGCUCAGAGUUGUGGACAAGCACUGUGAGGCAUGGCGAGUGGACCAUGUGUCCGUCAUGGGUCAGUCAUCAAGCCUGACCUCAGGCCUGCUCCUGGGUCAGCAGACGCAAAGCUGUUCCAGCGAGUACAUCAUCCUUUGCAUCGAGACCCACAAAACCCCUUAAACCCGCCCCGUCCCCGAAUACCACUCCUCUUCAGUGUUAAACCCUCUGGGAAAAGAUUUGAGCGACUCUCUUAGAAAAGGAUGUCACUUUCAGCACAUCUCUGGUGCUACGUGUAGCAUUUUUGUGGUUUUUGAAACUCCACAUUCACACUUAGAAAUUAGACAUUACUGUUUCUGACUCCCUUCCCUCUUCUGACAUCACAUGAGGAGUUUGUGGCAGCAACAAACUGCGGACAACAGCACAAGGUAUCUCCCGGGAAGGUAAGCUAACAUUAAGCUGAUGCUACGCUCUGGGGCUGAAACCAGUUUGUGGAUUGCUUGGGGAAGCAAUGAAUAGAAAUGACCCUUUGUGCUGUAAAGCGAUCCAAAAGAUUUCCAACUUGGCACAUACUAUGCUGUAAAAUGGAGCACAGAGGCUGAGACAGGCUGCCAGUCUUCCCAGCAUCAUUUGUACUUAUUAAUUCUAGCAUCUCACAUGCAAUGUGGUAAGGAUAUAUUCCUGUUAAAAUGAUACACGCAGCACCUUAAGCUUUAUUCAAGAAAGGUGGGCUCAUUUGCAACAAGACACAUCUGUGUCCCUUUACGGAACCAAAUCUAAAGUAACACAGAUGGCUUUUCCCCUCAGUCAUGCAGGUGUGUUGAGGAUGCGCGAGGUCUUUUUUUUUUUCCCCCUGUAAGUCUUUGUUCAUUAGGAGACUAGAAAUAAAGACUGAUGAUGGCUGCAGGAACCUGCACCUGCUCUGAACUGUGGCAGUCCAAAGACUUUUCUAAUGGAAGCAUAAAAAGGCAACUUUCAUAUUUUUUUGUGUUUACAGGUUGCCUUGAAAGGGUUUUAAAUCAUUUCAGGAAAAAAUGUUCUAUUAAGGUCAGAACUCUCCAGUGUUCAGGUCAUCGUUCGACACAGGGAUGACUAGACAACCAGUGCUGCCACCAAAGUAACUUUUUGAUGCACUGUACUUCAUUUUUGAUAUUUCCUAGUUUGACGUUUUCAUCCUCUAAAAAGUGUUUGUGUUGUAGCUUUUUUUUUUUUCUCUUCUUUUUAACAGCUCUUUUUCUUAAGGCUAUUUAAUUUAAAUUCAGUGAUUUAUUUAUACGUCACAGCACAUAAACAUGAAAUCAGAUUAAAUUUAAGAAUGUAAUUUAUCAUGUGUUUGUCAAAUGACUGUUUCUUCUCACUUUUUGCCUGUUUUCUCUCUUUCUUUUUUUGUAUGUUGUCUUUAAAAAAAAGAAAAGAAAUUUGGCGAAUUCUGGAGUGUUAGUAAAACCAAAAAUAAUUUCCAUCCAGUGUAAAAGUGCCAUUAAAACAAACAAACCAGUUUCAGUUAGAAACACUAGAAAAAGUCUAAGGGCAAAGGUGAAAGCAUGUGUUUUUGUAUAAAUAU